AAUUAUAUUUACCGCGUGACAGUGUCAUGGCCGCGCACAUGGCCUCAAGACAAACCAUGAGCGUGCCGUUGAAAGUACAUCGUGUUCUCAAGUUAGGGGGCUUCACAAAUUUAUCUCAUACACAAAAUGUCCAAGGUGUGAUAUUUUCACGACUGUUCUGUGCACAAAGCCAGCAACCUACUGCCGCAUCAAAACAGAAGGCCACUGUGACUGAAGAAAAGAAAGAUCCAAGUCUCAAAUACGUCCAGCAGUUCAAUCCACAGCUUGUCAAGCAGCUCAGUGAACAAGUUGAAAAUGACAUGCCUCUGCAUCGGAUGCCAGACCCUUUUGAAAAGAACUUUAGAAAAUGUCUGCUGUGUGAGAAGGAUAUAGAUUUGGAUUGGAAGAAUGUGCGUCUCUUGAGUCAGUUUGUAUCACCUUUCACGGGACGAAUAUAUGGCCGCCAUAUUACACAGCUGUGCAUUCCCAUGCAGAAACGGGUGGCCAAACUUAUCAAACGGGCUCGAGUGCUGGGUUAUAUGGCCUACAUGAAUAAAGACCCUCAUUAUCUGAAUGACCCCAGGCUGUUCGACCCACUUCGUCGGCAUAACAAAUAGACCAAGUCCAGUUCAUAACAGACUUCAGCAGAGUAUGCAUUUGUAUGUGUGUGAGUGAACCCAGAGAUGUGUAUAUAUGUAGUUGUUACUAGUAAACAAAUCUAUGAAGGU